AUGCUGACGCAACUCGGCAACGAAGAGAAGAAUCCGCUGUACUCGAAAGUCGAUGUGAAUGUGCAGAACAUCAAAGGACUCCUCGGAACAACUGGAACAAGCAUGGAAGCCGCACCCGGUGCAUACGGUGCACCAGCGAACAACAACCAGAACAAGAGGAUGCUAAGUGGAAAGUCCGUUGCGAAGAUAUUGAAGGGAUGGCUGCGUGGAGUCGUGAAGCUGAUGCCUUUUGGGACGUUCGGCUUGGGCUAUUCUAAGUCCGUUCCCGAAAUGAUCCGCGAAAACUUCUACAAGAAACAAGAG